AUGGCUUCUCCUAUGGAUGUAGACGAAUCAUAUCCUUCACCACCGGAUCGUAAGGGAAUUAAAGGAGCAUAUUGGCCUUCGUUUGAAGGAUUUGAAGCCUCCUCCAUUGACACUUCAUAUUUCACCCACAUUUUCUAUGCGUUCCUCUUGCCUGACCCCGUGACAUUCAAGCUUAAUGUCACGCCAUUCGACCAACAAAAAAUACCCGGCUUCAUUGAAAACCUACGUACCCGAAAUUCGCCCGUAAAAACCCUACUGUCCAUGGGGGGUGGUGGGGGCGAUGCUAUUGCACUCAUAUUCGCAAACCUAUCCGGUGCCCAAGAAACACGAAAAGUUUUCAUCGAUUCAACCAUCGAAGUUGCUCGAACAUACGGAUUUGAUGGUCUAGACCUGGACUUGGAAUAUCCUGUUAAUGAUCACGAAAUGAUCAACCUUGCUUUGUUACUUCAAGAAUGGCACGAAGCAUUGGUCCAUGAAGCUAGCGCCAGUGGCAAACCACGUUUGCUACUAACUGCUGCGGUCUAUUACUCUUCGCAAUUCACUACAUAUGGUCUGCCUAGAUCCUACCCUGCUGAUUCUAUAAAUAAAUAUGCUGAUUGGAUCAAUCCAAUGUGCUAUGAUUACCAUGGUACACGGGAGAAUUUCACAGGACCAAAUGCAGCAUUAUAUAACCCAAAGAGCAAUGUGAGCACAAGUUUUGGCAUUGGAUCAUGGAUCCAAGCCGGUGUUUCGCCGAAAAAGCUAGUGAUGGGCCUCCAGUUAUACGGCCGGACGUGGAAGCUCUUGGAUCCGAAUGUUAAUGGAAUUGGAACACGUGCUGUAGGGGAAGGACCUGGAGGUGGGAUCUUCGAUUAUUAUCAGGUUCUUGAAUUUGACAAGGAGAACAAUGCAAUAGUCAACUUUGAUGGACAAACUGUGUCCUACUACUCUUAUGCUGGCGGCUUCUGGGUUGGGUAUGAUGACUCCGUAACCAUUGAUUGGGAGGUCCAGUUUGCAAGGUCUCGAGGCUUGGGUGGAUACUUUUUCUGGGCUUUGGGCCAGGAUAAGGAUUGGAUUAUCUCAAAACAAGCUUCGAACUCUUGGGAUCGCUGAGAAAAGUUGCAGCUUCGAAGACGUGGG